UCUCACCAACAAGUGAGUGAAUGUCUGCAGGUCAGCGCGGGUGAAAAGCAUCGAGAUGAAGCACCGGGGGCCGUCUGCUCCUCCCUCACUCCAGAGACAACAGUCACGGUAAGCGGUGGAUGUGGAAGAAGACGCAGGGGAAGCCACCGGGGGAGAAACGCCCCCCGACGCCCCGGGUCCCAUGAGAACGUCACACUGGUUCUAUUUUCAGACAGACGCUGUGUGACGAGGUCACGGGCGAGCGAGCGCAUUGAAGUCUAAUGGUGUAAUGACGGCGCAUCAAGGGACGGCUGAGGAGCGGCGUGUGGGAAUGAAAGGACAGGAGACUGCUUGUUUACACCGAGAGCAUAAACUCAUUAUUGCUUUAUAGCCGGAGCUCAGAGGAACACCUGCUGAACGAGAAUGGGCUUAUUGUUCAGCGAGCGGCCUUUAACUACAGCAGCGCUCCUGAGACGACGGCACCAAAGCGCUUCUUUCCCGUUUGACAUCAUUUAAACAGCGGCUUUAUACAGUACUGAUGCUGUGUAAAUAACAUCGUAGCAACGGGAAAGUGAAAAUGUAAUAAUAUCUAAGGGCAACAUACCAACUGCAUCAAAUUAGGGAGCGUUGUGGGUGUUUUGUGUUUGAGUCCCCUGUGAAGCGGCUUUAUUAGUGGUUAUAUUAUAAAUAACGCAAUUCACUGAAUCCGUCCUCGGGGAAAAUGACCUUUUUUUGUGUUUGAGUGUUUUUCACACUCACCUGAAACGGAGCUCCAGUCAUGGGAGCUGGAGUUGGAAGCCCUGGUGUGAUAACGGGUGCAGUGUGGGAACUGUGACACAUUCUUUGCGUUAAUACACAGGUGAGAACUGCCACCUGCCGGCUGCAUAUAAACGCCGUCCCCAGUGCGGCGACAAAGCGCCGACAGCAAGGUCCCCGUUUGGAACCUUGGACCACAUCCCUCCCCGCAGCGUUUUGCACCCAGAUUCCUGCGCGCUCAACUUCAGUAGCUGUUUUUAUUGAUUCCUAACUCGUCUCUAACAGGCGUCUCUUCUGGUGAGAUCAUGACUUUCCUCAUCGGCCUCGUCUUUUUGCUGAGCUGGACCGCGGCCGCUGCCGCGCUCCCGCACGGUACUUUCGAGGCCUUCUCCAAAAGGUCAAAGGCGGCGCUGGAAGCUUCCGGCAGCGAACCGGACGAAGCGCUCCGAGGCGUCGUUAAGGUGGUGAGACUGGACCCUCGAGCCUUGGCCCAGUCGGGGUUCUUCAGAAGGGGACUGUCCCCCAGAGGAGCCCCCUCCCUCGGCGCCAGGGCGUCUUUCCCUGCCUUCCUGUCUCAGGGACGCCCGGGUCCGGCUCCAGGAGGUCCGCUCCGCCACCUGAGCCCUAAAAGCUCCACUAAGGUGGAGCUGAAGAAGAAGCAAGGCCUGCAGAUGUGGCAGAGAGCCGUAGACAAGGGAGACAAGGUCGGCGUGUCCCUCCCGCUCAGCCUGAAGGACGCGACGCAGACGUGCUCUGCCGUAGCUUUCACUCAGCGCGUGACAGCGGACGGCUGCGAAGCGGCGACGGUGCACAACAAGCUGUGCUUCGGCCAGUGCAGCUCGCUGUUCGUCCCGUCCGACGGGGACCUCGGCGGGGCCGGGCCCCCCCCCCACCGGACGGCGCCCUGCUCGCGCUGCGCCCCGUCCAGGGCUCGCACCGUGGCCGUGCCCCUGCGCUGCGGAGCGGAGACCCGCCACCGGAGCGUGAUGGUGGUGGAGGAGUGCAGGUGCGAGACGGGCCGCGAGGAGAGGAGCGCCGAGGCCGCAGCGCUAACGCACCUGCGCUAGAGCGACAGGUUGUGGAUCCGAGUCUGAGCGUGAUGCUCAGAGUGAAGGGUUCUGGUGGGUUAUUCCACCACUGACUGUUGACAAAGUGACCUUUUAGGUCACGCACUUGGACGGAGCUGCCCACAGCGGACGCGUGUGCAUUUAAAACGGUGUUUAGGCGAAUCUAAACCGAAAUAUUUGGGUCUGUAAUAUUGUCAUUAAAAUGUCCUGUUUGUUCACAUUCCUUUGCUUUGCCUGUUUCCUUUGCGUUGCUAAUUAGCUUUACGCCAACACUGUCGGAGUUACAAGUGCAAUUUAGUUUGCAUGCAAAGCUGAAGUAAAAACACG